CGUCGAUCUGAUCGACCACUCGCCACACCACCCAGAGCCUGCGGCCCCCAUCGCCACCGCCUCCAAUCUCAUUCUCAUCGACAACUACGACUCCUUCACCUGGAAUGUGUACCAGUACCUCGUGCUAGAAGGCGCAACGGCCGAAGUCGUGCGCAAUGACCAGAUCUCGCUGGAAGAGCUGAUUGCUCGCAAGCCCACUCAGCUCGUCAUCAGCCCGGGACCGGGUCACCCGGAAACGGAUUCGGGAAUCAGUAAAGAUGCCAUUAGGUACUUCAGUGGGAAGAUACCUGUUCUGGGCGUCUGCAUGGGCGAGCAGUGUAUCUACUCCGUCUUCGGUGGGACCGUGGAGAAGACGGGUGAAAUCCUCCAUGGCAAGACUUCUCCCCUGAGGCACGACGGUAAGGGCGUCUACUCUGGCCUACCCCAGGACGUGGCUGUCACGAGAUAUCACUCGCUGGCUGGUACGCAUCCUACCCUGCCUGAGAGCCUCGAAGUGUCGUCGUGGAUCGCCGUGGGACCGGACGGUGGCAAGGGUGUCAUUAUGGGCGUCAGGCACAAGGAGUACCUCGUCGAAGGCGUGCAGUUCCACCCGGAGUCCAUUCUAACGGCGGGAGGUCGACUCAUGCUGAAAAACUUUCUGCUCAUGCAAGGUGGGACCUGGACCGAAAAUGCUCGUCUGCAGGCCGAAGCUCAAAAUACCGCGAACGGAUCGAAGUCACAACUAAACGGGACGACGAAUGGGGGGAACAAGGAAAACAUCCUGCAUCGCAUCUACGACCAACGCAAAAUCGAUGUAGCAGAGCAGAGGCAGCUACCCUCUCAUCGAAUGGAGGAUUUACAAGCUGCAUAUGAGCUGGGUCUAGCUCCCCCCUCAAUCUCAUUCCCAGACCGACUCCGGCAAAGCCCCUUCAAACUUGCUCUCAUGGCUGAGAUCAAACGAGCUUCUCCCUCCAAAGGCAUCAUUCAGAUAGACGCACGAGCGCCUGAGCAGGCCAGAUUGUAUGCACUUGCAGGAGCCAGCACCAUAUCGGUGCUCACCGAGCCGCACUGGUUCAAAGGCAGUAUCGAUGACCUUUGCAACGUGCGGAAAGCAGUCGAUGGCAUGUCGAAUCGACCUGCACUGUUACGGAAAGAGUUUGUAUUUGACGAAUAUCAGAUUCUUGAAGCGCGCCUUGCUGGUGCCGAUACCGUGCUCCUCAUUGUCAAGAUGCUCCACCUGGAGCUGUUGACAAGGUUGUACAAGUACUCACAGUCCCUGGGUAUGGAACCACUGGUAGAGGUCAACACCCUGGAGGAAAUGGAGAUUGCAGUGAAGCUGGGCUCGCAAGUCAUCGGCGUCAACAAUCGCAAUUUGACUAGCUUCGAGGUCGAUAUGGACACCACAACGCGACUCGUGAAAAUUGUGCCGAAAACGACAAUACUUUGUGCGCUUAGUGGCAUUGCUGGACCCAAGGACGUCGAGCCUUAUCAGCAAAACGGUGUAGGUGCAGUAUUGGUUGGCGAGGCACUGAUGCGAGCCGCAGAUACUACCAAAUUCAUCAGCGAACUUCUUGGAUCCAGCGAGGGGUCGAUCAAGACGAACUCACAAAAGAAGCUCCUUGUCAAAAUUUGCGGGACACGAACCCCCGAGGCCGCAAAGACGGCCAUUGAAGCCGGCGCUGACCUGAUUGGUGUAAUCAUGGUGACUGGCAGAAAGCGAUGUGUAUCUGCUGAUACGGCUCGUAAGAUCUCCGAGAUAGUGCAUACCACACGUAAAUCAACCCCAUCCGUGACGGUGGUCGCUUCGAAUGAGGCGAAUGCAACAGCCACGAGCUUCUUUGCUCAUGCUUCCUCGCACCACGUUCAACACCCAGAUCGCGCCCUGCUGGUUGGCGUGUUCCUCGACCAACCACUGGAUUUUAUUCUCGAACAGCACCGAUUGAUUAAUUUCGAUAUCAUUCAGCUUCAUGGCUCGGAGCCGCUGGAGUGGGCUCAGCUGAUACCUGUGCCGGUGUUACACAAGUUCAACCCUGGAGAUGCUGGAUUGACGACCCGCGGCUACCACUCAUUGCCGCUGCUUGACGCUGGUGCUGGCAACGGGAAGCAAUUGGACAUGGCACGGGUCAAAUCAUUGCUCGAAAGCGAUGGUGGUCUUCAGGUCGUGCUGGCGGGGGGACUGAACUGUGACAACGUAUCGGAAGCUUUAGCAGCGCUGGGUGAUGCCAGGUCACAGGUCGCUGCUGUGGAUGUGAGCAGCGGCGUCGAGGAAGACGGUGAACAGGAUUUGAGCAAGAUCAGAGCAUUUGUGAAGGCGGCGAAAGAGAUCGCACUAUAGACAUACAUCCAUGUGGAAGCUUGUUCGAGCUCCCUGGCUUCACUGUUCGAUCCCAGCAUUUCGUGACCAGCGUGCACAAAAGCGCUACACUCUCCGCCGCGAGUUCGUGACGAUAUCUCCAGCCUCAUCGUGGAGCAGAUUUGACUCCAUCGGCGCAAACACUGCAUUAGUCUCAGACUGACAUUGUAGGCAGCACCACAGCCGAAUGCCUCACUUCA